AUGGUUCCUCCAGCUUGUCUUCUGGGCCCACCGGAGCUCCACCUUGACCACCCCAUUUCCACCAUCAUCAAACCCCAUGAAGAAAACCCCCCACUGGUUAAAGGCCGGACUUUUUCUUCAAACCCACCCUUAAACCCCUGCCUUGAAUUCUUCUUCAAGGCCACCAUAUACUCUGGUAAAUCCCGAGAAAACCCUGAUGAAGCAAAGGCAUGGGACCGUGAUCCUCUCACAACUCUCAAGCUUAUAUUUUGCCUGAGAAUGGCGGGGAGGCCCAACAAAGAAGCCUUUUACAAAUCCCUCGUGUGGCUCCACAAAAACCACCCUCUAACCUUGGCCUUGAAUCUCAAGGUUUUUGUGGAAUUGGGUUGGUUCAAAGAUCUAUUGGAGAUUCUUUAUAGGGUUUUGCAGAUACCCAUAGAUGAAGCAAAAAAGGAGGAGGAAGAGAGACAAAAACUUAGGAAUAGCUAUUGCUAUUGGCCCCGCUAUUGGUGCAUAGAUGAAGCAAAGGAAAAGGAGGAGAAAGAGAAGGAAGAGAUCAAACCAGUCACAGAUGUCAGAGAAGUUCGCAUUGCAAGAGCGAAGAGCGCCGUUGAUAGGUACCAAAACGACCCCGAAUAUCGGUUGUUGCACGAUAUUGUAUCCGAGGUGUUUGUGGAAAUACUGACAUCAGAUUUAUUGUCUUUGGAGUCCGGUGAGAUUGAAAAAAUCAGCUCUGUUGCCAAAUUAUGUCCUUCGAUUGAUUCGUCUUACGACAGAGAAACUUUGAUAUGUGAAAACAUAGCAAAGAGAAUGUUUCCACGCCAUAAUUUUGAAGAGUACAAAGAUGUUGAAGAAGCUCAUUAUUCUUAUAGGGUCCGUGAUCGAUUGAGGAAACAAGUACUUAGCCCCCUGCGCAAGGCAUUGGAGUGCUCAACGGCUGCGAAACAGAACAACAAGUCAUCAUCAUCAUUCAAGAACCGCAAGGCGCUGAUUGCUUUGGAAAUCUACAGGAAGAUCAUUGGUUGUGGUGUUGGUGGAGGCUAUGAUGAAAGCAAAUUGUCAUUCGACAUUUGCAUGAAGCUUGUGGACAUGCUAUUACGAAAGAAAACUAUUUUCAACAUGUGCUUUGGUGACCAGCUAAAUCUUCCUCACCAGGUGGUGGCCUCAUUGGAGAAGGAAUGUGGCGGCUGCGAUGAUGAGAUUGCAGAGCUUCAAUGGCGGAGAUUAGUCCACGAGUUGCAGAACACAGGGAAGCUCAGGAAUUGUAUUGCAGUGUGUGAUCUCCCGGAGAGCAAGAGAGGGACAUUGAAGGAGAUGGUUUGCAUUUCAAUGGGGUUGUUGGUUUCGGAGCUCAGCGAAAAACCAUGGCAAGGUUCUGUUUUCUCGUUCAGCGAUUUCCCAAGGCUGCACAAAAUUGAAGGAGACAAUCUUAAGUCCAAAUGUGAGUUCAUGAGACAGAUAGAGUGUGCUGAGCAGGUGGAUUUUUCAAAGAUUUUCAAUCAAGUUCUACAGAUUGCCAUCGCUGAGGGUAAUGCCAAGGUUCCUAGAAGGAUUUUUGUGUUCACAUACAGGGAUUUUGAGAAGGCCUCUAAGAACAAUUGGGUGCGGGAUUUCAAGGAGGCCUUGGAUAAUUACAGAAAGAGAGGGUAUUUUAAUGUGCCACAUUUGAUGUUCUGGAAUCUUAAUAACCCAAUUGCUGAGCCUGAGGAGAUUGGUAGGCCUGUGAAGAAUCACAAUGUAGGGACUAAACUCACUGGGUUUUCCAACAAUCUGCUCAGUCUUUUCUUCAAAGGCGAGAUUGAUUCGAGAACAUAUGCAGGUCAGGUACAUGGUGCUUUUGGUGGGAUUGAUGUACUGUCAGGGCUGAGGCUUGUUCCAAAGGGUGAGGAUGUGAUGAAAUGGGCAGUUUCAACUGAAGAGUUGACGAGCCUCUUUGUAUUCGAUUGA